CUGUUAGCAACGAAUGAGAAUAAGGGAAAUGUGAUAGUUGUAUGAGACAUGAGACAUGAGACAUGAGACAUGAGACAUGAGACAUGCAGCUUGUGUCUUAAAAUGAGUCUAUCCACUCCAACACAAAUGAGAAAGGAAAAAGUUGCCCCACCCACCCCCAUGGACACCAAAAGAAGAAGCAAGAGCAACCCUUCCGCUUCACCUGAAUUCGAGUUCUGGAUGGUUCGAAACCCCUCUUUCCCCCAACCCAACAUUCUCUCCGCCGAUCAACUCAUUGUCAACGGGGUCCUCCUUCCCCUCCACCUCGUCAACAAACCCCACCCAUCCCCAUCCCCAUCCACAACCACAACCACCACCUCCAAGCGCUGGAAGGACAUUUUCAGAAAGAAAAACGAGGCCCAGGAGAAGAAGAAAGAGAAAGAGAAAAAAGGCAGCGUCGGCACAGGCGCUUCACCGGAGCUCAACAUCAACAUCAACCUAUGGCCCUUCUCCCGGAGCAGGUCAGCGGGUACCCACCCCAAAGUAGCCCCCCCGUCCACCCGGAAAGCGAACAGCGCGCCAUGCUCGCGGAGCAAUUCGGCCAGGAAGUGGCCCAGCAGUCCGGGCCGCCCCGGAGUCCAUCUAGGAAGGAGCAGCCCAGUUUGGCAGGUCCGGCGUCCCAAGAAUCCUGAAGCUGAAAAGCCCAAGCGGCGGAGCCCCAAAAGUAGGGUUCUGAAUUUGAAUGUUCCGAUGUGCAUGGGUUACAAACAUCACUUCAGCUGCAGAAGCCCGGUUGAAGGAGCUGGAGGUAUUAGAGCUUUUAACCUGCGCACCCUCUUCACCAAGAAAACCGUUCUAACCUCUCACUAGUCUCAUUUUAAUAACUACCCUAAAUACUUAGUAUCCUAUGCUUUUUAAUCUUGUAAAGAAAUCUACCACUCUCUGCGCUAGAUUGCUUAAUGUCACAGCCUCCUCUUUCUCUA